CGACGAGGGAAAUCCAGGAACGAGUGGAGACCUGGUGUAGUAUGGCCUCCCUUUGAACCGUGUGUGCCAUGGAUCUCUGCCGCCUGAUCCUGUGUCAGCUGACUCUGGCGUGGGCCGUCCUGGCCCAGGGGGACCGACUGGACCUGCCGGUGUGUCUGGACAGCUUCGACAUACACCAGGACAAGAUCAUCCGCACCCAAGACUCGCGAGCCAUGGGGGCCAAGUACAUCAACGAGCGCGACGUCUCUUCCCGGGAGGAAUGCCUUCGGCUCUGCUGCGAGACCCAAGACUGCGAUGUUUUCGUCUUCGAGGAGAAGACACCCGGCAGCUGCUACCUGUUCCAGUGUGGAACUCCCGAGGACUUCAAGUGCAAGUUCACAAAGCACCACAACUACACCUCAGCUGUUCUGGUGGUCAACAGGCAUCUUACCGAGCUAGAGAGCCAGAUCAAGCACACACAGCACGAACACGAGCUAGCAAAACUCAGGAAGCCGGAGAGUGAGCCGGUGAGUGUCACCAUGGUGUUUCCCUCCUCGACCGUAGCUCCAGGAAGUAAGGAGAUCGCUCCGGUCGCCCCUACCAGCUACCAGCUCCCGCCCAGCCGGCGGUGCAGUCGAUACCAGUUCGAGUGUCAUGGAUCAGGGGAGUGUAUCGCCAUCUACAACGCCUGUGACGGCAUCCCCCAGUGUGCAGACGGCAGCGAUGAGGCUCCCGAGCUUGGAUGUCCAGCCCAGGCUUCCACCACAGUCCCCGCAGCCAAGAUGAAUGUCCCAGUAGAAGUUCCCAAUAGCCUGCAGCAGACAAAUCGCCAAAAUUACCACCAGGUAGCAGCACCGUCUCUGCCAGAAGACAGCCCUCCGGCCAUGCCAGUGCUCUCCAAGCAGUUCAAGAACAACCAGUGGACGCCUCAGAUGUUUGAGAGUCAGCACAUGAACAAUCCCGUUAACUACAUGCAACCAGGCAGUCAGCAGCAGCAACUGACCAGGAACCAGCAGCUGGAUCUGCAGCAGCCACCACAGCAGCAGCAACAGGCUGCAGAGUUCCCACAGUCUCCUCCACAGCUGGUCAAUCAGGCCAAGCAGUUCGGACGGGAGGGGGAGGGAUUGUUGUACCGGCCUCCCUCCGAGCUGCUGCAGUGGCCGCCUCCCUACCAGCAGGACUAUCGUGCACCUAGCUCUGGCGGUGGUAGUCAAAUCUUCUCGCACAAGGGUAGUGGGUUGGUGGCUCAGACAGACAGGUACAGACACGUACAUGGUAACAAGGUGGUGGGGGAAGGAGGCAUUACAGGGCAGUUUGAACCAAUGCAGGAUUACAACAGAUACAACAACUACUACGAAGGCUCUCUAUACCACAAACCUCCACAGACACCCAACAACUGGCAGCCUCUCCACAAACCUCCACAUGAUAUGAGUAGCAUCCCCGGGGUGGAGGAGGUGAUGAACAAUCUGCCCCCGAAUGCUCCCCCAGGCCAAGAUUACUACUAUGAGGAGAGUUUUCGUACGAGGCUUCAGCCCCAGAUGAUUCCACAACGUCUUGCUCCACAGAAUAAUCUACCCAUAGCACAAGAUAGUAACAAGGUGAAGAAACCAGUCCACAAGGGCGAGGCAGAGGUUGACAAUCAGGAGUUGAUGGCAGAAGUGGACAACAAGGCUGCCAACUCCAACACUUCAGUCAAGAAAGCUGGGGCUCAUCACAGCCCAGCAACCAAUGCUACAGAUAAACCUAAAGAAUCCCACCACCAUUCAGAGCACCACCACAAUUCUCACCGCAAAGUGGAGACAUUGAGUGCCGAACUUUCACUUACAGAAAACUCCUUUGAUAGUGACAUGGAUGGACAGAAUGUCAAUCCUCGAGGAGCUAUUCUCUCAUUGACAAUGGGCCUGUGUGUAACCGGAAUCAUGCUGGUGCUGGUUGGCUGUCGGAUGCGGAUGGUUCGGCGUCGUAUGCGUCGUGGCUCCAAAUCUCCUUACGCUCAUGACGCCGAUUUCCUCGUCAAUGGAAUGUACUUGUAAACUAUGGUGUUCAUAUUUUCUACUGUACAGAUAUUUGUAAGUUGAUUGUUCUGUUAUGAUGUGUUACACUGUUCAUACUGCUUUGACCCUUGUACGACACUUAUUCAAGCUGAGGAAUAAAUAAACUGAUCAGUGAAAAGUUAAAAUAUAAAAAAAUUCAAUAAAUAAAUAUGAUAAACUGUCUUAAUAUAUUUAUCAGGCUAUUUGAUGUUUCAAAGAAUUUUAAGCAAUAAUCCCUGUUAGCCUGUUUUCCAAAGGUUAACAAUAUUUUGAGGUAUAGUAACAACAUUUUUUAUUCAACUUUAGUCUAAUUGAAAUUUGGAGGCACUUAUAAAAUAUUAGAGACUUAGCUCCUCAUAUUCAACAUUUUAAUUCAUCAACAAAUUUAUACAAUCAUGUAGGUUUUUACCAUUGGAUUUUUCUGAUAUACGAGUAUUUGAUGUAAUUGGCUAUUAAUUAAAAGAAUGAACUCCAUUAAUUAAGUUCUUUUAUGGUGUUGUAGGUACCUAAAUAAAGGAAUUUGCAAGCCAAAUCAUUCAAGUAUUGGACUAUCAGUUACACAUUCCAAAAAUAUAUUAUGAAUUGGCUUUUGAAUUUCUAUCUUUGUUACAUAAAUAACUAUUGUUAAUUGGAACAUACGCUUGCUUAAACAAACUGAAAUAAAUUGAUAUAGUUAUUGCUCACUUUUAUUAGAAAUGUGAAAUAAGUAUGUAAUUUAAAAACUUUAAACCCGAUACAGCUGUUAUAUCACUGUCAGCCAACAAAAUAAUGAGACUGAAAUAGUAUCUUCAUAACUUCUAUUUAUGUGUCUGACAGUUGGAUUGUGACAGUUAAGUGUAUUAGAAAAGUUUACAAAAUCAAUAUUGAAAUUCUAAAACCAUGAAAAUGUAAUUAUAUAUAUUUUUUUAUUCAAUACCCAUUUAAUUAAUAGCAAGACAUCACACAAAUAUUAUAUAAGUUACAACUGAAAAUAAGGGGUGAAGAAUUAGCUUUUACAUGAGCCCUCAAGGAGCCAAAGAAUAGUUUUUUUAUUAAACCUCUGUUGCACGUUUAGUACACGGUUAGUCUAUACUCCUCUCAGCUUGGAUAGUUUCAAGGAGAUUGUGCACUACUGGUAACCAGAAGCUGUAUUUUACAUGUAAAUACUCAAUUUAUCGUUUAGAAAGCUUAACUGUAAAAAUCAAAGGCUGGAACCUUUACAAUAAAUGUUGUAACAUGAACAUAAGACAUUUCUAAAGCUACUAGUGACAGCAGCUAUAGUGGUUCUAUCAAGUUUUACAUGUAUUUUCAUUUAUUUAUAUGUAUAAAUUAUAAAAGCAUAUUUAGGUAUAAUGGUUAUAUAGUGUGUAUAAGUUUAUCAUUAGACUAAUAUCGCUAGCUAAGUAUUUAUUUUUACUACACGUUUUGGUGUAUGUUGGUUUAUAUUUAUAUGAAAAUUAUUUUUAGAGUGCAGUUAAAGCCAAAACAAGACUUCAAGUGUAAUUGAGUGUUGAGAUGGAUGUGGUUGAAAAACAAUUUCAUUACAAUUUUACAAACAUUGUUUUUUCUUACACAUUGUUUUCACAUUCAAAACAUUUACGAUUCCGCUGCUGGUAAACAUUUUUUAAAAAUAGUACUGUAUUGAAUCAAACUUGUAAAAAUAGCAAUCACUACUAAGAUAUGUUUAGUAUGUAACUUCAAAAACAGAUUGAGAAAUGUCUCAAAAGAAUAUUUCAGUAAAUUUAUUCCUUUUAAAAUAUAUCUUUACUACCCAAUCUUUAAAGUGCCUAAUGAUCUUUGCUGACAUCAUAGUGUAGAUUCCAAUGCAGCUCUUACUACAAGGUUUGUUAAUGUUAUUUAAACUUAAAAUUAAAUACAAUUAUUUGUUAUAUACUUUUUAGUGAUGGUAAGUCAUUGAUCCUUUGUAGGCACAUUACAGCUUACACUGGCUUCAACAAUGAUCGGAUGGGUGGGCUGCUCAUAUGGUUCGAUGAUCAUCCUAGGAGCAGCUGCGCUUAUUUUUCAUCUUACAAUAACUACUACUGUACUCACUGACAAUCUAAAAUGAAAACCUAUUACGCCCAUUUCCAUAAAAGAAUAAUAUCAAUUCACAACAAAGUUAAUAGGAAAGGUUUAAAUAAAUCAAGCUGUUAGAUACUUUGAACAUUAAUACAUUUAAAUAUAAAGUAACAUUUUCGUAGACAAACAUUUCCUUGAUAUUCAGCAACUAAAUAGAACAGUCAAUAUUUAAAAUUCAUACACUAAACAAUUGAAACAGCUGUUUUCAAGAGUGCAUUAAAGUAAAUGAUAAAUUAUGGAGUAAGUGAAUUCACAAAAAACUAUGCUGAGUAUAGAAAGUUCAUUCCAAAAUAAAAUACAUUUCUGAUUUUUCACUAAAUUCACAAAAGAUUUCAUCAAACUGUAAUUUCUACCUUAAAUGAUUUCUUAUGCAUAUUCAAAGUACUAUUUGAGUCUGAAUUGUAAAUUGUGGAUUCUUAAAAGUAUUGUCUCUGUCAAGCCAGCUUAUAAAGUAGAUCUGAAACAAUAUAUUAUCAUGUUCUUUCAUUUCUGUUCACCUAGUGUCUUAACUGCGUGCUGAUGUAGCUUUUUGCAUUGCAAGAUAUGCUAUUGAUAAAAGUUUACUAUUCUUGUAUAUCAUCAAACCAGUAUUUUAGCUACUGUUCGUUCAAGCUUUGCUUAUCAAACUAGGUCUUGAGAAAGAGAUACCAAUAAUGCAAUAUAAAGAGGAUUCAUUUAAAUAAUGUGUAAUACAUUAAUUUUGUACGAUUGAAAACUUACAAAUUUUAGAGCACUAAUAUAACUAAUUCUAGUAGAAAAUCUAAGAAGAGUAAGUUCUACUUUAUUUCUGUAACAAUUCGCUAGCAAAUGUUUUAAGUUCAGAAGAAUAACACAUCUUUUUCAAAUUUUAAGUUGUUCUUAAAACUGUUGCCAUUCUAGAAAUAGACAAGAGUUGAACACACUGAGAAAUUAGAGACAUAGAGUUUAGUGAUGUUGUAAAAGUGGUCAAGUGUUGUGUGUAUGGGCUGCUAGAAAACGAUGUAGUAUCAAGGGGAACAUUUCUAUUUUGUAAGAACAUUCAACUGUACCUUGACUGUCUAAAGAACAAUAAAUAUCUGUUGUUGA